AUGUGUGACAUUGAGAGUGAUUAUUGCAGGUAUUGUCUAUUUUGUGCACCAGUAAUCAAUACAGCACAACGUUGUCUUCUGUGCUUGAAUUCGGAAUCGAAUUCAUAUUUACCACCUAAAUUACCGUCACCUCAAUCGGUACAAAAAAUAUCGUCAAAUCCAUCUAUGUUCAAUGAAAUUCCUCGUCAUAAUCAAGGUGAUAUUGGAUUAUCUGUACCCAUUGAGCAAACGUUCUCGAUUUGGAACCCUAUUACACCAAAAUCUUCCUCUCAGUCACAGAAUAUUGCUGCUAUUAAUAAUAAUAACGGUAAUAAUUUCUCACUACCUCCACCAUUAAUGGCGCAAACAUUAAAUUGGCCUACGGCAUCCCGAACUGAGAUUCAAGCAUCAUUCGAUCAGCAGCAGCAUCAGCAACAAAAACGCACAUUCUUAAAGUGUACAAUGUGUGCUGAGGAGAAUUCAUUGGCGAAAGCACGUUGUAUACAGUGUGGUGAAACACUGUGCAGCGAAUGUGUUGCUGCUCACCAUCGAGUUCGAAUGACUAGGGAUCACACACUUAUUGGUAUUGAAACAUGCAAAGGAUUCAACUUAACAUCGGUAGCGAGUGGAAACGAAUUGUUCAAUUUGGAUGACGUAAUGGAUAAUGAAACGUGUGGAACACACGACGCUCCAAUGCUGUGCAAAUGUACAAUAUGUAUUGGUAUUGGCUUAUGUUACAUGUGUGUUAUGGAACAUCCGAAACAUCAUCAGUUAAUGGCGUUAAACGAUUUGCGUGCAUCGAUUAACCUGUUGAUCAAUAACUCGAAACAUGACCAGAAGAAUAUCGAGGAUGCUGUGGAAACUGUUCGACGAAUGGGUGAACGUGUUGAAGCGUCUGUUCAGUCGGUGAUGCGUGAACUGCGUUCGGUGAUACAUAUGCACAUAAGCGCAUUAGAACAACGUAAGUGUGACUUACUACAACGAUUGGACACUAUUCGGCAGUCAAAAAUGAGUGUUUUGAAAGCUCAGGGUGAACGUCUCACUUCUCGAUUAACGUCACUGAAUGAUGUUUUGAAAGCUGCUGAAUUGGUAGUAUCGUCGUCAAGUGAUGGUAAUGAUGUGCAUCUGUGUUCAACAUUCGAUUCACUAUUGAAUAUUGUUCGUGAACAAAAUGUUCAUUUGAUACCGAAUGAAACCGAUCUCCUCAAAUUGAUUCCGCCUGAUGAUUCGUUCAUUAAUCGUUUGCGCAGUUUAUGUGAGUUGGAAAGUGGUGCAUGUGCACGCACAACGCAUUUGAUUGGUGACAGUUAUAAGCGAGCAAUUCGUGAUCGGAUGAGCGUUGUUGAAGUGCAAACAAGAGAUGCAUGUGGUGAUGCGUGCAUCUCAAGCAGUCAUUCUAUUACGGCCAAUGUUACUGCACCCGAUGGACAUCCUCUACAAGUUCAUAUUAAUGAACGAGAAGGAGGUAUCUAUGCGGUCAGUUACUAUCCGAUAGAAGAGGGCAACCAUACACUGGACAUUUUGAUUCGUGGUCUUUCCAUCAGUGGUUGUCCAUCGCUUGUGCAGGUUCGUAAAGGACGUAACUAUGCAGAGUUGGCUCGAACAGGUCCAAUUUUCUCGUUUGGCCGUGAGGGAAGCGAAGAUGGUCAAUUUGCUCGUCCGUGGGGUAUUUGUUGUGAUCAUAAAGGCAGAAUUAUAGUUGCUGAUCGCAGCAACAAUCGCAUUCAGAUAUUCGACAAAGACGGAAAGUUUUUAAUGAAAUUUGGUACGGCAGGUGGACGAUCGGGUCAGUUCAAUCGCCCGGCUGGUAUUGCUGUCAACUCGAUGAACGAAAUUGUAGUCGCUGAUAAAGAUAAUCAUCGUAUUCAAGUGUUCAAUGAAGGAGGUGAAUUUCUGUUGAAGUUUGGUGAGCGUGGUCGUGCACCAGGUAUGUUCAACUAUCCGUGGGGUGUGGCCAUUAAUGCGUACAAUCAAAUUGCUGUUUCGGAUACAAGAAAUCAUCGUGUACAAAUUUUUUCACCUCAAGGUCAUUAUCUCCGCAAAUGCGGUUUCGAUUCAUCAUUAUUCUACAAAAACUUGGAUUCGCCUCGUGGAGUUUGCUUCCUACCAGAUAGUCGUCUCAUUAUCACCGACUUCAAUAAUCAUCGUUUGGUAGUUGUGUCGUCUCAUGGACCUAGCGAAAUACAAUGCUAUGGUAGUGAGGGUGAUGGCGAUAGAUGCUUUUGCAGACCGCAGGGUAUUACGGUCGAUAGCGAGGGUAACAUUCUUGUGUGUGACUCAAGAAACAAUCGUGUUCAGGUGUUAAAUGUGGAAGAUAUGAAUUGUGUGGCCACAUUCGGCGGUGUGAUCUCAUCAUCAGCAAGCAAGCCUGCCUGCUCAACACCAAUCCCAUCAUCAACUGCAAAUGCUCCACCAACAUCUUCAUCAUCUGGCUCACAUUCAUCAACUGGAUUCAUCGAUACAACUUCUCUUACUUUAAAUCGACCAACAGAUGUCUGCGUUUCACCCGAUGGCACCAUUUAUGUGGUCGACUUCGGUAGUAAUUGCAUUCGAGUUUACUAG